AUGCGCCGUAAGCUGCUGCCUUUUCUCAGGCGCGAGGAAAGGCGUAGCCAAACCCUCGAGGCCGCCGCAGCGAGAGCUGUGUGCCCUCGUUGUCGCACUGCAGCUUGCUCUUCGCGCGGCCCCCGCAGACCGCCUCAGGCGCGUUUCUGUCCAAGUCUGUCGCCUCCUCUGGCCUCGCCUGCCGCGUGUUCCCCGCCAUCUCUUCUCCCCUCCCCACUCUGCGCGUCUAUUCUCCUGUCCCAGCCUGCCUCGUCUCCUUCGCGGGCGCCGCGGCGGCUGGCGAGUUCGGGCCGGAGAGACAGCCAAGCGCGCGCAUGUGCGUCGACGCAGAGCGAACAAAGACUCGCGAGCGGAGCCCUCGCUUCUCCCGCUCCAACAGAUCCUCUUUCUCCUCUCUGCGCGCCGCUGGACGCCCGCCCGUCGCCUCGUUCGUCCUCCUGCGCCUCCGCCUCGUCUGCGGCUGCUGCUCUGCCUUCGUCUCGCGCUCCCGCUUCUUCUCCUGCAGAGUCUUCGCUGGGAGGCGCGCCGGUCGUCUUCCCUUUUGCGCUGUGUGCGCUGUCGCCGAUUCGGCUGGCGUCGCGCCGCGCGCGGGAGGCUGCGCGCAGAGAAUUCGACUCGCUCAUGCAGCCCAGGCACCCGCUCGUCAAGGCUGUGCAGCAGUCAGACACUCCGCGUUUGCCUCACUACCUGAAGGAGUUCUCGCUCAAACAGAAGGACGCGCGGGACAUGUGGAAGGCGAAGGCUGCAGCGAGCUCUCCCGUCCAUCAGGCGCAUGCAGCGGCCUCGCAGGCGGGCAAGCGCGCGCCGCGAACGUCGCCGACAGCUAUCCAUCCUGCGCACAUGGAUCCGCCGCUGGUGGCGUCGACAGCUGCAGAACUCGCGCGCACGCGCAGCGGGAAUGACGCCAUGUGGGCGGCGCUAAUUCGCCGAGCCUUGCAGCUAAGACCGUUGUUUGAGCCGAAGGAGAUCGCCAUCCUCCUCAACGCCCUCAGCCGGACGCGGCGCUUUCCUCCGGAGCUUUUCCAAUCCUUUGCACCGCUCAUUGCUCAAAAACUCGUUUACUUCAACUCCAGUCACCUAUGCAUGGUGCUUUCGGCCUACGCGAAGAGCCGCGUGCAGCCAGGCUCGGAGUUUCUGGCUGCUGUACGCCAGCAGCUCCUCCACCGCCUCGCGCUUCGCGAAAUUCAAAGCCCCGUUGAGCUGGCCAUGCUUGUAAAUGCCCUCGUCAAACUCAAGCUCUGUGAGAACCGCUCGCUAGUGGAGCGCCUCGCGCAGCACCUGCGGCAGCGCCUCGCCGUCGAAGACUUCCACGUGCGCGAAUUGGCGGUGCUGGCGUCAGCCUUCGCCGCAGUCGACUAUGCCAAUCUCGCGCUCUUCUCGCACAUCGCAGAUGCUGCGGUUGAGACUGUGAACGAGGCUACUCCGGUGGAGCUCGCGCGUCUGAUUCACGCCUUCUCUUCGUGCUCCACUUCUUCCGCGGCGGCUGCCUUCGGCGGCGAGGGCGACGCGGAAGCCCAGGAGCAGCUCGCGCAGCGGGAGCAGAGCCGCAAGAAGCUGGAGGCGCUGCUGGAGGUCUGCGUGGCCUGCGCCCGCGAGAAGAUCGCCUUCAUGAGCCCCGACGAGCUGGUGCUCUCCGCUAACGCCGUCGGACAAGCCUACUCGGUCAUCUCCUCGCCCGCCCUGCGCCUCGACGUGGCUGCCCUCCUUGCUAAUGUCAGGUCGCUCGCUGUGGCGAGCCUGUCGCUGUUCACUCUCUCUCAGAUUUCUUCGCUGCUUUUCUCCUUCUCUCGCUGGCGCCAGCCCUUCCCACCGGCGGACUUACUCCGCGUCAUCGAUCGCCUUGAGGCAUUGUCCGCACUGGGCACUUCGGCAGCGAUCCCCGCUUACUCCGGCUUCGCGGUGCCUGGAGAGCGCGAGGAGGAGGGCGACGCGGCGAGCGCACUCGCCCCGACGCAGAUCUCGAUUCUCUACUUCCUGAGCGUCCUCUUGAGCUCGGCGCCGCUCGCCGGCGCUUCGUCCGCCACAGCAGCGUCUGCCCUCAAGCGCGAGGAGGCGCUGCGCGGCGCCCGCUGGCUGAUGAACAAAUGGAGGCCCGACUUCUUCGCUGCGCUUGCGUCGCCCGCCUUCACGGCCGCGCCCGCGGCAUGCGCGGAGGAAGACGCGCGCGGUGCCCAGUCUGCAUCGACCACGCCCAGCUCCUGCAAAGAACUCGACAAAACCAAGCGGCGCGCGCCUCCUGCUGUUCAGCAUCUUCUCCGCUUGUUGGAAGCGUUUGUCGCCCUGCGGGAUCCCGAGGACCAAGAGGAGGAGCAACGGUUUCUCCGGGGGCUGCAGGGGAUUCUACCCCGUAUUCACUUUGCGAUCGACAGCGCCACCGCGUCGCAGUUUGUUCUGCUGCUUGAGGUGCUGAGGCUGCCAGAGGAAGAUGACCUCGUGCUAGUCAUGAAGGAGAAGAAGAAGGCCCUCUGA